AGCACUUGUGUUCUGAUUAGCAGCCAAAUAGACGACAGUCAGAACUUCAGCUAAGGCACAAUAAGCUUUUGCAGUGACGUGGCACCUGGUCUCUUUCUACAAGGAAAGUUCAACACACAGGACGGUUCUCGAUACAUUGGAUUGGUUUGAUGAUCCCACCUGCAACAGGUGGAGCUGGUAGCUUGGGCAGCCUGACAGCUGGUCCACUCCUCUGUCCUAUGCCGGGAUCAUCAUGACCGUAGAGAUUGCAUCCCUGUUUUGCAUCCUUGUUACAUAACUCAGUUCCUGGUAGAUUACUAUGUCAGAGGGUCACAAUGACCUUGCACAAUAACAGUUCCACCUCGCCUUUGUUUCCAAACAUCAGCUCUUCCUGGAUACACAGCCCCUCCGAUGCAGGGCUGCCCCCGGGAACCGCCACUCAUUUCGGCAGCUACAAUGUUUCUCGAGCAGCUGGGAAUUUCUCCUCUCCUGACGAUACCACCGAUGACCCUCUGGGAGGUCACACAGUCUGGCAGGUGGUCUUCAUUGCUUUCUUAACGGGCAUCCUGGCCUUGGUGACCAUCAUCGGCAACAUCCUGGUCAUUGUGUCAUUUAAGGUCAACAAGCAGCUGAAGACUGUCAACAACUACUUCCUCUUAAGCCUGGCCUGUGCCGAUCUGAUUAUUGGAGUCAUUUCCAUGAAUCUGUUUACGACCUACAUCAUCAUGAAUCGCUGGGCUUUAGGGAACUUGGCCUGUGACCUCUGGCUUGCCAUUGACUACGUGGCCAGCAAUGCCUCUGUUAUGAAUCUCCUGGUCAUUAGCUUUGACAGAUACUUUUCCAUCACGAGGCCGCUCACCUACCGAGCCAAACGAACAACAAAGAGAGCUGGUGUGAUGAUCGGUCUGGCUUGGGUCAUCUCCUUUGUCCUUUGGGCUCCUGCCAUCUUGUUCUGGCAAUACUUUGUUGGAAAGAGAACUGUGCCACCAGGAGAGUGUUUCAUUCAGUUCCUCAGUGAGCCCACCAUUACUUUUGGCACAGCCAUUGCUGCUUUUUAUAUGCCUGUCACCAUUAUGACUAUUUUAUACUGGAGAAUCUAUAAGGAAACUGAAAAGCGUACCAAAGAGCUUGCUGGGCUGCAAGCCUCUGGGACAGAGGCAGAGACAGAAAACUUUGUCCACCCCACAGGCAGCUCUCGAAGCUGCAGCAGUUAUGAGCUUCAACAGCAAAGCAUGAAACGCUCCAACAGGAGGAAGUAUGGCCGCUGCCACUUCUGGUUCACAACCAAGAGCUGGAAACCCAGCUCCGAGCAGAUGGACCAAGACCACAGCAGCAGCGACAGCUGGAACAACAACGAUGCUGCUGCCUCCCUGGAGAACUCCGCCUCCUCCGACGAGGAGGACAUUGGCUCCGAGACGAGAGCCAUCUACUCCAUCGUGCUCAAGCUUCCGGGUCACAGCACCAUCCUCAACUCCACCAAGUUACCCUCAUCGGACAACCUGCAGGUGCCUGAGGAGGAGCUGGGGAUGGUGGACUUGGAGAGGAAAGCCAGCAAGCUACAGACCCAGAAGAGCGUGGACGAUGGAGGCAGUUUUCCAAAAAGCUUCUCCAAGCUUCCCAUUCAGUUAGAGUCAGCCGUGGACGUAGCCAAGACUUCCGACGUCAACGCCUCGGUGGGUAAGACCACGGCCACUCUACCUCUGUCCUUCAAAGAAGCCACUCUGGCCAAGAGGUUUGCUCUGAAGACCAGAAGUCAGAUCACUAAGCGGAAAAGGAUGUCCCUCGUCAAGGAGAAGAAAGCAGCCCAGACCCUCAGUGCGAUCUUGCUUGCCUUCAUCAUCACGUGGACCCCGUACAAUAUCAUGGUUCUGGUGAACACCUUUUGUGACAGCUGCAUACCCAAAACCUUUUGGAAUCUGGGCUACUGGCUGUGCUACAUCAACAGCACCGUGAACCCCGUGUGCUAUGCCCUGUGCAACAAAACAUUCAGAACCACGUUCAAGAUGCUGCUCCUGUGCCAGUGUGACAAAAAGAAGAGGCGCAAACAGCAGUACCAGCAGAGACAGUCAGUCAUUUUCCACAAGCGCGCGCCUGAGCAGGCCUUGUAGAGUGAGGUUUUAUCAAUAGCGGUGACAAAACGCACACAUCAGCCCACAGACCUUAGGAGGAGAAAGGUGAGGGUGGGGAUGAUUUCUGGUGACGAUAAAGUGGUGUUAUCACCCAGAUGUGACAGAAGCUGCCUGUUUACGGAUCCAUUGAAUAAACCCAUUUUAAUAGAAAAAAAUACCAAUUCAGCAAAAAACAAAAACACGACUGAACAUAAAGAAAUUUGUUCUGAAAUAGACUUCACGUUUUUUUUCUUAAAGAGGAGAAAAAAUAUUGCUUCACAGCAAUUAUAUACCCAAAUCGAUUUGCCUGGGUCUUUUAAUUCCCAUUAGCUUUGGAAUCUCAGAUGAGCAUAGCUGGCCCAGUUCCCACAUUCUUCCCAAGGAUCCCAAAAGUGGGAAUCCAGACCCCACGUGGAACACUGCAGGCUAACGAAUCUGUGGUUCCAAAAUUAUUUCAUAUGUUGCAAAGCUGAAUCUUCUUGUCCCAAUAGAGCUUUCUGUCUUUUCUUUGGUGUGUCGUUAAACUCUAUUUGUGGACUUGAUUCUUGAUUCUUGCAGAGUACUGUUUUGUGCAGUUCAAGUUUUGUACAAAUAAAAAUACUUAAGUAUAUAUAUGUGUGAGUUCUGCACGCACACACAUAGUGUAUAUAAUAUAAUGGGAAACACUGAACUGGCAAAUUCUUCCUGCAAUGUACACUUUCAGUACUUUGGUAACUGAGGUUCUCUAGGAUCCCAAUGCAGCAUAAACGUGAAAUCAGCCCAGUAUAACAUUUUUGAAACUGGGGCUGUUUCCCACAGAGAGCGGCCAGGCCUUCCCAGCAGGUCUGUGCAGUGUGGACGGGCUCCUGAGUCCGCUGAGCACCGCGGCUUCACCGGGCUCGGUGUUAAGCAAUCUCCUUUGUUGAUGCCUCAACAGAGCUAAAUCGGGGCCCCCUGAGCUCAAAGAACGAACCACAUCCACACGUUUGAAUUUAAUCAUCUAAAUCUGAAUGUUUCAAAACAAAAUUUCUGCUAUCUAAACUGCUUGAAACUCAAUAAUAGUGUCACGUUUGAAUGUCACACACAGCAAUAUAUAUAUAGGCCAUAUAUAUAUAUAUAUAUGGCAAAGUGAAAGUGAAAAAACAGAAACCGUGGUAAGAGAGAAUGAGGGAGAACAGUGUGUUUGAUUCUUGCUGAACGGCACCUUCUAAAGAAAAUAGGGCUUGCACCUUUGUUGCUCAGCUGUGGCCAGUGCUUUCUGGUGUUCAUCGUGUAAACUUCACCCAGGAAUAGGUGAGGUUUAGGAAGUUACAUGUCCUCUGAAGAGAGAAUUACAUUCGGAAAAGAAAUGCUUCAAAUGCAUUCUCCUUCAAAUUGACCAAAAUGUUGACUGUUUUAUUUGGGGAGGGGAUGGGGUGCUGCCAUCAUUGUCCUUGUUGCUGCUGUGGUUGUUGGGGUUUCUUUUCCUUUUGCCGGGGCUGUUUGGGGAGGGGGAGGGGAGGGAGGGGAGGGGAGGGAGGGGAGGGCGGUGGAGAUAUUCCCUUUGUACAGGGCAUUCGUGCUGUGAACCCAGAGCUGGGUAGAAGCUGCUUUUGUAUUCAGUGUGAGGUGGUGUUUACAGGCGACUUUGACCACAGUGGAUGUGUACUCAGUGGUGUCUGUGUAUCUGAACUAUUUAAUUUCGUGUUAUGUUUAUAUGCAGAAAUAUUUAUGGAUACUACACCAAGUGUUUAUUUAAUGUUGAUAAAUAUUACUCUUCCGUCUUCAGUCCUGGUGUCCUUUGAAAGUGAUUCUUUAAAGUCCACUUGAGCAAUGAAUAGAAUACAUUGAGUUUUCCUGUGGCUAAGAAGAAGCAGCAUGUCAUCCUGUUAGCAUCGCCAGGUACCUAACACUUUCUAGGUAAUAAAAAGUCACCUGUCACUUCAACAUAAAUGUUUAAAAUCACUCUUUAGUUAAAUCUGAUGGGAACUGAACAAAGCAACCCUCACCAUUGUGUCUGAAAUUAUUUUACACAGGGGAAAAAAACAAUCGGCAUAAUUGUAAGAAUGAUUUUUUGGGGCCCAUAUUCAACCAAAGAACAAGAAAAAAAAGACAAUUUUCUAACAUGUACAGCAAACUGCAGAAUGUCAUAUUAUCCACCUGUGAAACGUCUAGUAAGCAAUUGCACCUGUAUUUUAUUACUCAAGUUGGCCUGGCACUAGGAAAUAUGUGAAUGCUUAUUCAGGUGUCCCAGCACUUCAGCACUUCCCAUCAUUUUGGAAACUCCUAUCUUGCCUCCCUCCCAAAAGGACUGUUUCUUUUAUUAAAAUAUAUAUACAUAUAGAAUUAAAUUUGAGAAAAGGAGAAACCCUGAAAUUUAUCAGAACUUUGAGAGUCAAUUACCGUCUCCUUAAACAUGAUUAUUUCCUUAUCCUUGUCCUUUUGUGACGCUAAUAAUGGCAGAAAAGGAACAAAUAGAAGAUUCUAGGUCUCCUUUUUUGUUUUGCUGGUUUUAUUAUAGAAUUGUUUUUAAACCUCUUAUGGAUGAAAGCUGCAUUUAAAUCCCGUCUACUGACUUUAUAGAAAGGUAUGUCCAUUUCGUGGGUCAUUUUCGGAGAAAGAAAACAAGUAAAAGAGAUUCUUUUGAAUAUGAAGAAUUUAAAAGUAUAAUUGAAGAUGUAGUGAGUGUUUAUAAUUGGACCUCAGUUACACAUGCAUUUCUCAAAACCUUUGUCAUUAGAGGAGGUAUUCAGCAUUUACAUAUGAUCAAAAUGUCUUCAUCUCAAACUGGGAAUCGGAAUUAUUUCAUGCCAUAUGCAUGAAGCUUGCAGACAUUUCAAGAUUAGCCACUUUAAUUGAAAGACGAAAAUGAUCAAACCUAAAAUAAACUACACAUGGGAGAACCUCUUUCUCCUCUUUCUCUCUCUCUGCCUCUCUCUCUUUCUCCCUCUCCUUCCUUCUCUCUCUCUCUCUCUCUCACAAGCACACACACACAUUCCCCCUUCUCCAGGCAUUGCCCGAUGGUUAAGAGAAGUGAGCUCUCUCUGGCCCCCUGGUUCCCUCAGCUCUGCCCUUCUUUGCCCAUCAGCUCCCUGUGGCCUCUAUCACAGUUCUCUCUAUUCUUCUAAUCCCCCUUUGUCUCUUAAACCCAGCCUUGACUCUCUACGUGUUUUUCAUUUAUCUUUACCCUUCAGUGUACAAUCGUUGUAGAUUCUGACGGAAUGAAAGCAAAAACAAAAAGCCUAAGUGUUGGAGUCUGCAGUGGCUGAAGAUCUAGAAAGCAUAUCAGCUUCCUCUGUCAGACUUCCCGUGUUGCCCAUGGCCAGAGCUCAUGGCUCUGCAGAGCAUGGGGAGCCCCUUUCCGUAUCGAGAGGGAAGCUGGAGUGCAGAGCUCUGCUGCCAAGUUGGCUGUUUCAGCCCCGACUCAGGGAGGAAAGAAGGAUGCCAAGGCUCUGCAACAGCAGAGAAGCCUAAUACUGGAGUGACACAGAGAAGGAUUCCAGGGAUCCGUCAGGGUGUGCUGUACUUAUCUGAGUAGAGAUGAUUCAAAGAUGGGGACCUAUUCCAGGAAAUUGCACAGUCUUCCCCUGGGAGCUUCAGAGGACAGGGGAAGGUAGCGCAGUAUAGUCAAAGCAGCAUUGAAUUUAGGAUGAGGAACGCUGAGUUCCUGGCCUAGUUUGGUCACUGCUUAGUUACAUGUCCUUGGGCAUGCUUGUCACUUAACCUAAACUUUCUGGGUUUUCUCCUCAUUGCUCAAACUAAGCAACACCACCAAAGCUUCUUUAAUCUGCCUUCUGAUGGCAAAUCGGUCCAAACUGAGGUCAGUAACUACCGUGAUCAAAGUAAAAUGGUCUAUUGGAUGAAUGCUUGAAAUUUUCAGAUUUUAUAUUCUUUAAGGUUAUUUACUUACUAUAGUUCAACACCGCAAAAUCUAAGGAAGCCUUGAAAUUUUUUGGUAAACCCAGAGUUGUAUGGUUUCAAAUACUACUCCAACCCAGUGCCUGAGGUCUGGCAACUUUACAAAAUACAGCUUCUGGGUAGCAGGUGUGUGCUUUGGUUUUACAAUAGCAUUUCUCAUAAUGGGACUGAAACUGCAUAGAAUACAACACUCCGAAGUUACUUUUUAACCUAAACGACCCUACUUCUAGCACAUCCUCUGAAAGAAUAUUUUGCUCCCAUGCUACGGGCAACGAACUUAUUUAAACAGUAUGAACUCCAGCCCUUAAUAGGUUCAGGGACAAUCUGACUACUUCCUUUCUACAGACUUCAGUUACACUCUCUUUUUCUCUUUCCCUGACUUUAAAUAUUCAGCCUCUCCCGGCAUUAAUGUUGUGUGAGUCAGUACUCAGACCUAAGAGGAAGAGUUCUAGAAUGGUAACCCAGUGCUCCUUAGUACUGGAGAAUUUCAUUUUCUUUUUCUGGCUUUAGCGUUCAUGUCUGGGAAAGGAGGCACAUGAUAAGAUAAUAAAAACGGAUAAAGAAGAUCUAGUUCAUAAAAUGACUAUACUCCACAUAAGUUUGUAACUGCACAAUGUUUUGUUGUAUGGCUCAAAAAAUGAGCAAGUGUUAGUAUUAAUAGGCAUGCAUUACAUUCACUGCAUCACGCACAGAUGGGCAGUGCUUUUAGGCAUAUGGAAAUCAUCCAAAUGUGUAGCUAGAACAUUAGGCUUCUGUUGGUUCUGGUAGAGCCACAGAGACUCACACAGAACUCUGGUGAGACUCACACAUACAACUCUGGUCUGGGCUGAGACCACCCCUCAAAAAAUCAUCUAGAGAACCCAAAAAGGCUCACGUCUCAGUUGCAUUUUACAUAACAGGUAAAGGGGCCAUAUUUUCCAUGACAAAGACGUGUUAGUAAAAUUCCCUCACCCAAAUUAUAAUCCAGUAAUCCUAUCUUAAACCAAAAAGAUUAUCCCCAGAAUGUAAAAGCUUACUACUGUUCUUUCUUGAAAUCCAAAAUGCUUAGCAGUUCUGCAUUUCACAUACAAAACUCAUAACUAUUUUUGUCCUGUAUUCUGUGAGUUCCUUGAUGAUAGAAAUUGGGUCUUAUUCAUCACUUUCAUCCCUCUGUAUCCUGUGGCUCACACAGAAUCUGGUAAAUUGCAUAUAUUCAAUAAAUGUUGUUGAAUAUCUAAUAACCUUAUUAAUUAAUGUAACAUAUUAUCAAAAUUUUGUGUACAUCAAUGUCCCAUGCUGCUACUGUAGUCAGGAGUUAUUUGGCUGGGAAAUGCAAAGUGUUCACAAAUAAGGUUAUCUAAUAAAACAUCCCUGAGCAAUAAGGAGAAAUAUUAAAUAGACUUGAGUUGUAAACAAAUAAUUUAGAGUCCAAAAAGGAAAAAGAAAAUUAACUCUGUCUUUUUAUCCCUAGUUCUAGAUACUGGAUUUGUUCUAGAUACUGGAUUUGUUUGAUACUAGUUAUUGGAUUUGUUGACCAAUCCAGUAAAGUCAGAAACUUUACCGGAUUGUACAACAAAGAUCGUAAACUUUUGAUCGUAUAAAAGAGUAAAAAUUCAUUGAAAGGAUAAUUCUUUUGAAACAGGCUUCUUGGUUGCUUGCUGUAGCAAGAGAAGCAUCUGGAGAACGUGGAGAGUUCAUAAAUAUAGUUUUCUGUACAAGUGAAGAUCUGUAGUUUGGCUUACAAAUCCUUGCAUGUAGUUUUGCUUGCUGUGGAAAGUGAUUAGGAGAGAAUCCUUUAUCCUGUUCUGCAAGCAAUCAAACACAUGCUCUCCCUUCCAUCCAUUCCUCGUCUGGUACCCGGGCAUUUCCAGCCUCCUCCAUAUAACACUUCAGACUUCCUUUGGGCAUCGCUUAGAGCUAUAUGAUGGCCACAGUUUGGGCAAGGUCCUUCUUUCUUUAAAUAUAGGAAUUGUUACCAAGUUUGGUGCAGGCUUGAGGAAUAAUUACAUUAAAAUGGGCUUCCACGUUGGUGAAUCAGCAUGCUAAUUUCUCUUGGCGGGAAGCUCUCAGGGAAAUGUCUAUGAAUCAUUUAAAGAUGCUCUCUGGUGGAUAGAGAAACCACAGUCCAAACCAGAUGGGUGUAUAUUUGCUUUGUAAGCAAAAGGCAUGUAUCAUACUCGCAUCUACAACAGUGUCCACAUCUUUGCCAAAGGCACUGAAUUUUACCUUUUUUUAUUACCUCGUGGCCAGCACUUCCUCAGUAGGCAUUUCAGGUGUGUCACAAACCAUUUUCAUUUUAAUUCUGAAAAAGUCAAUCGUCUGUACUCUGUACUAUAAAAUGAUGCCUGCAACUUUGUGGUGAAUAUUAUCCCCAAGUUAACAGUGAAAUAAGUAAAUAAAACUAUUAUUGAACAAA